AUGGCUAACAACGUGACCGUUACCAGAGAAGCUACAAGGCGUACUCACACUUACAGUUUCCAUCGCGAAGGCUUGAUUCAGUUGGGGCAAUUGGGUGGAUUGAUCGCUGGUCAUAAUAAAACUGUGUUCACUGAGAAUUAUGGAAACAUCUUGACUCUUUUGGACUCACACGUCGACGAAUGGGAGAAGCCUGAUUUGGACUACAUUGCCAACGCUCUUUAUUUGAGCAUAGGAGACGUUCAUGGAAAUUGGAAGAAGAAUGGUAACACACAUGGUUUCUACAUGAGUUUCUUGAUUGAAAAGGCUCAAGAAUUGGCUAACAAAAAGUUGUGGGAAGCUUUCAACGCCCUUCUGGCCGUUUUGAUUUAUGGGAUCGUGAUGUUCCCUAACAUUCACAAGUUCGUUGAUCUGGCCGCUAUAUGUCUUUUCGUGGAUAAGAAUCCGAUCCCUACUUUGCUAGCCGAUACGUACUAUUCCAUUCACUCUCGAUAUGGGAAAGGAGGAGCCAUAAGAAAUUGUCUGCCGUUGUUAUACACCUGGUUUAAGUCCCACCUACCUACAAGUGGUCCUUUCAUUACUUCUACUCAGAAAUGGCCUCAAAGGAUCAUGAGGCUUACCGGAAAUGACAUUGUCUGCUGUCCCACUGGAAUGGACGUGGAGAAAGUUAUAACUAGCUGUGACAAGCCUUUGGACAAAGAGAUAUUCGAAUCCGUUUGCUUUGAAAAGGGAACCGAUCCAAAGGGUCUAGAAAAAGUGAGGAGUGCCUGGAAUAGCAUCCAUACAGAUGAUCAGAUUUCUCUAGGUGAAAAGAAUGUCGUUGCCAAACAAGCCUACACAGAUUGGGUUGAAAAUAGAGUUAAAGAUCGCCUGUUGCCUUUCCCGAAGGUUAACCCAUUGUACGAGCAACCACCUAAGAUUCCAAUUGCCACUAUGCCUGUUGAGAAUCGUAUCCAGGUAGAUAUGGAAUGCACCCAAUUGCAUGAAAAGAAGUCAGAUGCGCAACCGAAACAUUGUCUUGUGGACCAGAAAAGAGUUGAGUUGACACACGAAGCCAAAAUGCUGAAGGGAGGAUCUUCCAGAGUUCAAAAGAGGGCUAGAACGGAAAAAGGAAAACUUGAUGAAAUCUUCGCCGUGGAAUCACCGGAGAAGACGACCGGAGGUGGACCUCCGGCGCCUGAGUGUGUUGCAUGGAUCUUACUUCCGAGGGCUUACGUGGCGUGA